ACCUUCGGCAGUCACGUGACCGCUGGCGCCCGCGUCCGUCCUCUUUCUCUUUAACAGAAACGGCCGGCAGCGACAACUGAGCGAUCAUGUUCCGAGCUCUUCUCCUUCUGUCCUCCGCAGGGGCUCGGAGUCUGGCCCGGAAGCCAGUCUGCUUCUCAGCUCCGUUGGCCUCCAGAUGUUAUUCCCAUGCCAAGGUGGAGACGGAUGAAGAAUUUGAUUCCCGCUGGGUGACAUACUUCAGCAAGCCUGACAUUGAUGCCUGGGAGCUAAAGAAAGGCUGGAACACCCUGAUCGGAUACGAUCUAGUACCUGAACCGAAGAUCCUGGAUUCAGCACUAAGAGCCUGCCGGAGACUGGACGACAUGGCCAGUGCCAUCCGCAUCCUGGAAGCCGUCAAGGAUAAAGCCGGUCCCCACAAGGACAUCUAUCCAUACCUGAUCCAUGAGCUCAAGCCCACCCUGGCAGAACUCGGCAUCUCAACGCCAGAGGAGCUCGGAAUUGACAAAUUGUCCGUCUGAAGCAUGAAGCUCCUUUGAUGAUUUUCACUUGAAAAUGUCUAUAUUGUUGAUUUAAAUACAUCCUGUCCUAUUGUGUACAAAAUUACAAAAUAACACCUUUAAUAAACCAUAAAACUAA